UAUAAACUCGAUUUUUGCAUUCUGAAGUGAUCAUUUUUGUUGCGUAAGGCUGGCACAAUGACCGUGAAAUUCACAUGUUUGUGCUUUCUAUUUUUCUCUGUCGUUAACUCAGUGGUAAAUUUUCAAACGACGCUGCCGGUGAUUGGCGUGAUCAUCACGCUCCCCAACGGCGACAUUCUAGGUCAAGCAGACAGCGCAUACAGUGGAAAAACGUACUACACUUUUCAAAAAAUCCCUUACGCGGCCCCUCCUGUUGGCGAUCUGAGAUUCAAGGCACCGGUACCACCCGACAAUUGGGAUGGGCUUCUCAACGCUACGUACCUUGACGUAAUCUGCUAUCAACAAACGGUCGACCCAACAGAACAAUCCGAAGACUGUCUUUACAUUAACAUUUACACACCUGAUCUUCCAAAUGAAGAUCACGAGGUUUCCAUACCGGUACUUCUUUACAUUUACGGUGGUGGAUUCACCGAGGGUCACGCAAUGCAGUACCGACGAGGACCUGAGUACUUGAUUGACUAUGACAUAGUGAUUGUCACGUUUAACUACCGUUUAGGAGCUUUUGGAUUUCUUUCAACCGAAGACACUGUGAUUCCGGGAAAUACUGGUCUGAAGGACCAACAGCUUGCAAUCCAGUGGGUCCACACGAAUAUACACCUCUUUGGGGGAGAUCCUGACAGAAUAACCAUCGUCGGUGAAAGUGCCGGUGGCGCCUCAGUCGGACACCAUCUUCUCAAUAAAAAUUCCGAAGGACUAUUCCGAGCUGCCAUUAUGGAAAGUGGUACCGCCAUCAACCCAUGGACCCUCCAAAGAAACUCCAAAGCCACAGCGUUUGCUCUUGGCGCUCUUUUAAAUAGUACUUUCGAGGACAUCGACGACACGGAAGUGCUGCUCGAGUACUUGCUCACAGUUCCUGCCGAAGAACUAAACCAAGCGUCCGGACAACUAUCAGGAUGGGCACCUGUGAUUGAAGUUGAGCACGAAGACGCCUUCAUCACACAAAAAAUGUACGGACUUCUCCUGGCAGGAGAUUUUGUUCAAGUACCUGUUCUGAUGGGAAUCAAUUCGGAAGAAUCGCUUUAUGAUGCUGGGGAUCUGGAUUCGCUUCGGGCCACAUUGGAGUUCUAUGACAACUACCCUCAGCUGCUGGUACCCGUCGAUUUAAGUAUACAUUUGGAUGAUGAAAAUAAGGAAACGUUUGGGCUAAACAUCAGACAAAUAUAUUGUGGGGACGAGAAGUUUGCUGAUAAUUUACCAGCGGGUGUACGGUUUAACAGUGACACCUCGUUUACUAGAGCUGCUAUCAGAUGCGCUGAAAUCAAAAAGCAGUUCGUUGAUGUUUUCUUUUACCAGUUUUCGUAUGACGGAGUUUUGGGAAAUGUUUCAAUAAGCAUUGAAGGGGCCGAACACGUUGCUCAUGCCGAAGAACUUCGCUACAUAUGGCGCACCACCAGAGACCACUACGACAAUUCCGACAUCAGCCAAUUUCCUCCAGAAGACGCUCUCACUCAGCACCGGAUGUUAACACUUUGGACUAACUUUGUCAAAAAUUUAAACCCGACGCCUGAGGAAAUCGAUCUCCUGCAAAAUGUAACUUGGCCGACCGUUUCGUCUGGAGGCGUACAAGAUUUUCUCUAUUUAGACAUUGGGGAAAACUUGGAAGUGAAAAAUCAUCCUAAGGGAGACUCGUACGUGGGAUGGCUUGAACUUUACGCCAUGCUGGGGUCUGAUGAUUUUGAUACAUUUUAUUGUUGUGUCUUUGUGAAACUCGACUCUGGCAUCAUCAAAGGUCGCAUCGCAAAUAUUCCAAACAACAAAAAAACGUUUUAUGCUUUCCAAGAAAUCCCCUAUGCAGCCCCUCCAACAGGAAAUUUAAGAUUUCAGCCACCUCAAGAAGUACCAGCUUGGAAAGGAAUUUUAGAUACCACAAAAAAUACCAAAAUAUGUUACCAAAUAUCUUCUGACUCAGACAAAGAAACCGAAGACUGUCUUUAUUUAAACGUUUACACACCACAAUUACCGGCAAAAGAGAAAUCUGCAGAUUUACCAGUGAUGGUUUACAUACAUGGAGGAGGAUAUAUUCUAGGGGAUGCUACUCAUCAAUCCUACGGUCCAGAGUUUCUUGUAGAUCGUGAUGUUGUUGUUGUAACACUAAACUAUCGUUUAGGAGUGUUCGGUUUUUUAUCGACGCAAGACGAAGUGGUGCCUGGAAACAAUGGGCUGAAGGACCAACUCUUUGCUCUGAAAUGGGUUCAAAAGAAUAUUUUUUUGUUUGGAGGCAAUGCAUCACAAGUUACUAUUUUUGGGCAAAGUGCUGGGGCAUCGUCUGUUGGGUAUCAUCUGAUUAGCAAAAAAUCUGCAGGGUUAUAUCGAGGCGCCAUCAUGGAAAGUAGUUCCGUUCUAAGUUCUUUUGGCUAUCAAAGAAAUGCAAGAAGUUAUGCUUUUAAAACAGCGUCUUACAUCAAUUCCAGUAUUACUGACGAAAGUACGUCUCAAGACGUUUUGAACACCAUGCUUCAAGCAACUGCCGAAGAAAUAGACACCACAGCUCAAACAGUAGUUGGCGAGGAAAGCUACGAUAACGGUAUGAUACUUCAGGGCUACUACUACGCACCAGUCAUAGAACUAGAGUCAGAUGAUUCCUUCUUGACGGAGAAAAUGUUCGAAAUUGUCAAAAAAGGCGAAGCUAGUCGAGUACCCGUCAUAAUAGGCAUUAAUUCCGAAGAAGGCAUAAGCCAAUCCACUGACUUAAAUUUCUUGCAAAAACUGAUGUCUCUUUAUGACAAUGACUUGAAAGCACUGGUUCCAAAAGACAUGAAUAUUGAAUCAGAUGCUACUAAAACUGAAGCUGGUGAACGAAUACGACAGUUAUACAGCGGUGACGAUCUUCUACAGAAUGUUCCAGCAGCUGGAAUUCGCUAUAUGAGCGACAUGUCCUUUACAAGAUCUGUAAUUAAGUUUGCACAACUGCAAUGUCAGUUUUCAGACGUGUAUUUCUACCAGUUUUCGUACGACGGAAAAAUGGGUAACGUUUCUGUUAUAGUGGAAGGUGCUGAACGUGUUGGUCACAAUGAAGAAAACGCCUAUCUUUGGAGAAUUUCGAGCGAUUUGUUUUAUAAUUACGAUUUGUCUGUUUUUCCGGACGAAGAUCUUACUGCACAAAAUCGACUGCUUACGAUUUGGACCAACUUUGCUAAGACAUUGAAUCCGACUCCAAGGAAGUUAGAUUUGUUGCAAAAUAUUACUUGGCCGACUGUGCAGCCCGACAACGAUUUUCCAUACUUGAACAUCGAUAGUGUUCUCGAAGUGAAAAAUUAUCCGAAAAAUGAGAGUUUUAGUGGCUGGGAGGCGAUUUAUAGAGAUUUUGGUGUGGAACCUUACGACACUUAUUAAACUGAAAAAUGUAUUUUUUUUUCAAAUAUGGCAAAAGAGUUAAAAUAAGAUUAAUAAUUAAUAA